AUGAAAUGCACAGACGGCAUAUUUCAUCCAACCCACCUGCAAGUCUCUCAACAUAGACAAACUGGCAUGGGCAUGGCUCACAAUACCUUCCCCCACGACCUCUUGUCACACAGGACAAGGAGAUUCGGAUUGCUGCUCCAUACAUACCGAGGAAUCUUGGGGUCUCAUCAUCCUUGCCUGGUCAUCGCCCGUGUGAAAUCAGGGCUGUCAAAAAGGUCUCACAACACCCCCUACUCUUUUACAGAACACCGUGCUGCAAUUGCCCCCAGACGCCACAGUAUCACACAGCAUUAUACGAUUCGCUACCGCGAAGGAAGAAGACCUGAACGUUGUUGGUUACGCAAAUCCUCAACGAGCAGAGCGCGGUUUCGGACAAAUCCGCAUGUCAUCCAUCCUUCCGGGUUGGGUACCAGACUGUUGGUGUUGCCUGUGGGCACAUUCAUCAAUGGCUUGUUUUCAGCUUUUGGCACUGACCAUGGUGACGGGCCGGCCAGGGACCAGGGACACACGGACGGACGGGCUUCGGUUUCCAGGCUUUUCUAG